AUGUUCCAGGGCAACUUAUAUGAAUGUGCAAACCCUUGGGGUAUCCGUGUAGACCGCGUAGAGAUUAAGGACGUCCGACUGCCUGUCCAGUUACAGAGAGCAAUGGCUGCUGAGGCUGAGGCUGCUAGGGAGGCCAGGGCAAAGGUAAUUGCUGCCGAAGGAGAACAAAAAGCUUCGAGAGCUUUGAAGGAAGCUGCUGAUGUCAUCAUGGAGUCCCCGGCGGCUAUUCAACUCCGAUACCUUCAAACCCUUAACACUAUUUCUGCGGAGAAAAAUUCCACAAUCAUUUUCCCUCUGCCGAUUGACUUGUUGCAGUCCUUCAUAGGUCGGCAAGGAUCGAACCAUUGAUACAGUUCAAGCAAAAAGGCCGCCAUCUUGGAUAAUCAUUGUUUGCAUAAGUGAGAUUGUGUUGAUGAAUGUAAGUGGUAUAGACAUGAGAAAGGAGCCUUUAAAUUGUACCAAUAAACGGUACGGAUUGAUCACUGAGUAGGAAUACUUAAUUACACCUAGUAUACCAGAGUAUCUUCUAUAUAACCAAGGUAACCCAAACCCAUUACGUAUCCAAGGUAACUUGUGUCUACUUAUGUAACAUAGGUAACAUUUACCUACUUAUAUAGCCAAGGUUACUUAUACCUACUUAUGUAAACCAGAAAAGUAUUGUGAAAUUUCAUAUAAGAAUCAGUUUGAAUCAAUGCUUGUUAGCAUUUACAUGUAUAAGUCAAAAAGUAAAACACAUUUUCUUUCAAUUUUUAUGAAUUUAAAAGUGUUUAUUUAGAUGUGUGUAUAUAUAUAUAUAUAUAGUGGGGUAUUUCGGAUAAUGCCACAUUUUUUUACACUUAUCUCUUUCUCAUUUUAUGAGAAAUGAGCUUUUCGCUUACUUUAUUUGAAGAAAAUGAAAUAACAUGAAGUUUACAUUAAAGAUAUGUGAAGAGGAAGCAAAUAGUGUAAUAAGUAAAUAACACAGGAAGUAGUAUUACAUGAGAGUACAUGUACUCACACAGUAGUAGUAUUAGAUGAGGGUACAUGUACUCCAUCAGGUCUGAUUUAUAUGCCAGGAAUUGUGUUCUGUAGUAAAUGUACCCAGGAGAAAUCUUACCAUGUUGAUUAUUAAUAUCAGUUAUACAGUACUAAUUAAGAUGUGGUCAGUCUGUAAUAUUGUACUAAGAUGUGGUCAGUCUGUAUUACAGUACUAAGAUGUGGUCAGUCUAUAUAACUACAUGUACUAAGAUGUGGUCAGUCUGUAUUACAGUACUAAGAUGUGGUCAGUCAGUAUUACUGUACUUAAAGAUGUGGUCAGUUUGUAUUACAGUACCAAGAUGUGGUCAGUCUGUAUUACUGUACUAAGAUGUGGUCAGUCUGUAUUACAGUACUAAGAUGUGGUCAGUCAGUAUUACAGUACUAAGAUGUGGUCAGCCUGUAUAACAGUACUUAGAUGUGGUCCGUUUGAAUUAGCUAUCACACUUUAGCAUACAAUUAUAUCUUCUUCAUAAUCAUGUACCAGUAGAUUUUUCUAUAAAAUCAUUAACAUUUUGUAAUUUUUGAUGUCAUCAAUUUCAUUGAUGUUUAAACUUGUUAUGACUAUUAUACCCAUUUUUCUAAUGUUUAAGUGAUCAGAGUAGAUGUAUUUAUUCAGACUUUCUGGUAGCAUUAUAUUGUCUGUGGGGAUUUGUAACUGGCCUCAGUAGGAAGUGUGAUAGUGUGUCACCUUACCCCAGUAAACAUCGAUGAUGUGUAUCAAUUUACUUGUAUUUGCUUACAUUAGAUUGAUAACCAAACCUUGUAUGAUUUUAUAUUUAAUCAGGUAAAUUGACUUCCUUGAAUGAAGGAAGGAUGUUAUAAAAUAUUUCAGAAGAUCAGUUUCCUGGUAAACUAGUUGGCUAUAUAUAGCUAAGUAACCAUGUGAUGUAAUACCAGGAGAACUACCUUGUACCUCCGUGAACAUUUAGAAUGUAUCAAUGGACACUGCUACAAGAUCAUUUCAACAAUGUUAUGAUGUUUUUGUUCAGUACAAUAAUGUUAUGAUGUUUUUGUUCAGUAUAAGAUUUCUAUAACCUCCUUAAAACUGACAGUGCAAGUUGCUAAAUACUGAUGUCGAGACAUUCCCUUUACAACAGGAAUCUUGUCAUCAGACAUUUUGGUUGUGAUUUGUGAGGUGACUGAUGAUCAUGUGGCUAUAAAAAACACUACAGAUAAGUGGGCAGUACACAUCUCCCCCUUAUAAGUGUGACUACUGUACACUACCAAUAGCUAACAUGUACACGUCCAAAUAAAAUAUACCCAUCCUGUUAUUUAUGAAAAAAGCUUUUUGCAUUCAUAGCACAAGAUGAGCGUGCAAUCUUUGGUACAAUAUUUACAGUGGUCGUUAACACUCUCAGCUUCACCAUUGAUAACUAACCAGGAAAUCACAGAUGACUGCCGACUUUGAACAGUUUUCACAAACUUAUGCUGUUUUUUAGUUGAAGGGACUUAACUCCAAUCUCAUGCAACAUUGAUAAUGUUACUAUAGGUAUUUCAUAAUGUUCCUGUCAGGUAUUUUGUAAGAUUGAUGUAACUCUAGUGUACAGUAGACUGCAGUGUAACCUGUUCUAACUAGAAAACUGUUUAUGUAAUGUCUGCUAUAACUGAGAGUUGACAACCAGAUACUCGUCAUGGUUGACCAUCCUGAUAUGUACAGUGCCUUGGACUAGAGCUACUAUGUGUUCUUGUAAUAUUCCUCUUCAUCCUAUUGUCUCGUUAAGUUAUUGAUGCUAACUUUAAACAAUGAAUGUCAGAAAGUCAUGAAAGUCUCUGAGGACAACCAUUAACUGGAAAAAUACAGAACAUUU